UUAUACAUCCAGAGACAUAACCAAGUCUUCAAAUCACCAAGUAGUAAUUAAAGCAAUCCAAACUUUGAAUCUGAGCAUCUAACCUUUUUCAGAAGCUUCAAAUUUCAAUUUUCCAGACACAAGAAAAUGGCUUUGUUUAGAGGUCUCUUGGGUGCAAAGAGGAUUAUUAACUUUUCUGUACCGGUUACACGCAAAAAGACAUUUUCAGCACCAAAGGGGUUUCUUGCAGUGUACGUUGGUGAAGACCAGGUCCAGAAGAAGAGACAUUUGGUGCCAAUCUCAUACUUAAACCAGCCUUCGUUUCAAGCGCUUCUCAGCAAAUCCGAGGAAGAGUUUGGAUUUGAUCAUCCAAUGGGUGGCUUGACGAUUCCUUGUCCUGAAGAUACCUUCAUCAAUGUGACUUCCCAGCUUCAAUGAAGAUGUUCCAAAAGAAGAAGAAACUGACAUUAGUUAGCCCAAGUUAGAUAUAGAAUUAUUUAAUGUAAAUAUGUUAACAGUUUUCCUGUUUCUUUGUGAAAAAGAGUUAUUCAAGAGGUUAUAAUUUAAAAAUCUCAAAUGUCUAUGCCAUAUUUCUAAGGACCCAAACCAAUAUAAGAUUCUUGUUUUAUGACAAAUUAGCUUUUUAUCUCUUAUGACAAAUUAGCUUCUAAUCUUAAGAUUACCAUCUCAGUAAUGACCCCAAAGACCACUUGUUUCCAGAGGAUACCUCGUUUUGAGACAGAUUUUUACAGCUUCGGUAUGGCUCGGUCAGCUCAAUGUUUUGGAUACGUUGGAUCACAUGACAUUUGCUAGAAGUAAGACAGAGCAAGCAUUCAGUAACACAUUACACAUUUUACCCGAUUGACAAACGAAAUCUGCUGAUUUUGUGGGAAGUUUUUCUUAAUGUUUUUGUAUGAUCAAAUACCGAUUUAACAUUGAAUUUCGUAUACUCUGCAACAAACUCUCUUCAGAAGUAAAUGGAAAAGGUGUCUAUCUAUUUACAAAGAUUAACUCUGUUUUAUGACGAUAUCAUUUUUUUGGAGCCGAGAGACGUUACUGAGCUGAAACUUGUGAUGUACAAAGAACAGAGUUUCACGUGGUUAUGUGUUUCAUGUGUUUAUCAGGUUGAGUGGAAUACAAGCAACAUGGUUUUUGUUCUUCAUGCUUUGUAAUGAUUCUCUGGUGUGUUUUAAAAAAAUUGUAUGGUUUUUCAAAAAAUUAUAUGGCAUUCACAUAGAUCUUCGUAUCUGUGGCAUUCUCUUCAAAAAGUUAUAGAACAACUCUUUCAAGAAGAAGAGAAAAAAAUCCUCUAUCUACAAGGAACAAAUCUAUUUCUAACUAGACGAACAAUAUGUUGGACAAUUAUCACUGAAGCCUAGAAGUAACAUUGAUGAAAGUAUCUUCAGGACAAGGGAUGGUUAAGCCACCCAUUGGAUGAUCAAACCCAAACUCUUCUUCUGAUUUACUGAGAAGAGCUUGAAACGAAGGCUGGCUUAAGUAUGAGAUUGGCACCACAUAUCUCUUCUUCUGGCUCUCUCCUACGUACACUGCAAGAAACCCUUUUGGUGCAGCCGAGGUUGCUCUUUUGCUUGUUGCAGCUCCAAGCAUCUUCUUUGCACCCAAUAGACUCCUCACCAAAGCCAUUUCGUUUUACUUUUGUUGCUGAACGUUUGAGUUCUUUUGAAUCUUUUGAAGAUGUAUGAAAGGAUUAAAGUUAUUGAAUUGCUUGUUUUUGGUUAAUGAUAGAAAGAAUGACUCGUGUGUAUAUAUAGAUAGAUCAAUGAAUGAGUUGAAAUCUCAUAGAAAAGAACUUUGAAACUUGUGGACUUGGAUCGUGGGACAGACCAGAGCAGAUCACAUGGUUCUGUCUUAAAAACUAUGGAAAGAUGCAUUAAUGAAAUUUGUCUUGAUGAUAGAUGAGUCACAAGGGCUUGUUGUCUCAAAAAGCUUUAGAUGAUACAUAUGCCACUGUCAAUAACAAAGACCAGCAAGGUUCUUUCUUCCACGUUCUAUGGUUGUUUAUUUUUCCUAUUAUCUCAUAUCUGUGGUCUUAAUGGAUUUAAUAAGAACUAAAUGGGACCUGAAGUUUCUCAACAACCAUAACAAGAAGUCUAUUCCACCGUUCAAGUUGUUCUUUGAUAAUAUUAGGAUCACACAUGACAAUUAUAAGUAAAAUAAAGGAUUCUUUCUUUAGAAACAUUGAGAAAACAAGCCCUUGUGAACUGGAUAUGGAGAUUAUCCAAGUAGACAAGUUGCUUUAAUGCAUCUUUUAGAGAUGUUAAAGACAGAACCAUGUUCUAUAGCCUGUCCCACACUUGUAGACCACAUGUUUCAAGGACUUUUCAAACUCAUUCAUUAAUCUUUCUAUAUACACACAUAACCCUUUCUUUAUAUCAUCAACAAACAGGAAGCAACAUCCAGAACUGUCUCCACGGGAAAUGGCUCCUGGAUAUGGAGACGGCUGAUUAAGCUCCGGGAGUUGGCAAGGCCUUUCUUGGUAUGUCAGGUUCAUUCUGGGAAUACUGCCUCUUUUUGGCAUGAUAAUUGGACAGGUUUAGGACCUUUGAUUAACCUUACAGGGGCAAACGGUCCGAGAGUUACUGGCAUACGCUUUAUGCUUACUGUCAAACAGGCUGCUUCGAGGGGUGCUUGGUCUAGGCCAAGGGGAAGACAUCCCACUCUUCUUCUGCUGCGAGCUUGUCUUCCUGACUUGCCUGCUGAAAUAAACUCUUCUCUCCCGAAUAUUUUUCUCUGGCGUAAUACUUUGCAUUCACCUCCUGCUGUCUUUUCCUCUGCUUUAACUUGGAGUACUUUGCACCCGAUGCCACCUCCUGUUGACUGGUUCUCGUCGGUUUGGUUCCAAGGAAAUAUUCCGAAACAUACAUUUAUCACGUGGGUUGCUGCUCGUGAUAGAAUGCCGACUCGAGAUAAGCUAAGAAGGUGGGGUUUAGAUGUUACUCCUUUGUGUCCUCUUUGCGAUACGGUUGAUGAGAGUCUUCAUCACUUAUUCUUCGCUUGUUCGUUCUCGCUGGACCUUUGGAAUUUUUUGUUUCAAGCAGCUCCAUUCUCACCACCUAAUAGCUUUGAGCAUAAUCUGGUGUGGCUCAGGUCCUUUACGACUAAUGCAAAGCUUAAGGUAUUGUGUAAGAUCAUUUUCCAGGCGGCAGUUUAUCUUAUUUGGAAAGAAAGAAACACAAGGAUCCACACUGCAACUUCAAGGUCUGUUACUUCCCUGUUGAAAGAGCUUCAAACAAUUUUAAGAGCCAAGCUCCAUGGCUUGGAUCAAAAGGAAAGGUUGUCUCGGAUGGGUACCCAUUCGUCCACUAUGGCUGGCGUUUCAUACCUUCAUCUUUGGUUCCAAUACUUCCAGCCAUAGCUCUCCUUCUCUAUAAUCAUUGAAGGCAUCUUCUCUUGUGCUCUUUCUAUCAUUUUAAACCAUCAUUUUUUCUUCUUCUGCUCUUUCUUUACCUUUCAUUACGUACUUUUGUGAUGUAAGAAUAUUUUGGAAAGGAUAUCUUCAAUUAAAAAAAAAAAAAAAAAAAAAACAGGAAGCAACAUAUCCAUCAACUUGAAGCUUUUCAUACAUCUUCAAAAGCCUCAAAAAAAAAUUUCAAACUUUAAAAAAAGAGAUGGCGUUGAUGAGAAGUCUACUUGGUGCAAAGAAGAUUCUUGGCCUCUACACCGCAGGAGCUUCAACGAGCAAAAGAGCAGCCUCAGUGGCACCACCAAAAGGGUUUCUGGCUGUGUACGUAGGAGAGAGUCAGAAGACGAGAUAUUUGGUGCCGAUCUCAUACUUGAGCCAGCCUUCAUUUCAAGCUCUUCUCAGUAAAUCCGAGGAAGAGUUCGGGUUUGAUCAUCCAAUGGGUGGCUUAACCAUUCCUUGUCCCGAAGAUACCUUCAUCAAUGUGACUUCUAGGAUCCAGUGAUGAAUAACUGAUUUUCCAGUAUUUUAUUCUUGAAGUAGACUUAUUCAUUGUAUAAUAUAUGACUUUUUUAUCUUUCUUCUUGAAAGAGUUGUUCUAAAUGUUUACAAGGUGAAUGUCAUUUUCAUGCAAUAGACACCAUUUUUGAUCGAUCGUUGAAAACGAAGGAACCCUAACUUUGUAUUAUAUCAAAUCAAGGUUAGAUAAGUAUAUGUGAGGGUAUUAGACAUCCGGAUCCGUGGCGCAAUGGUAGCGCGUCUGACUCCAGAUCAGAAGGUUGCGUGUUCGAUUCACGUCGGGUUCAAAAUCCCGAACAUUAAUCCGGAAAUUUUUGUUUCCAUCCCAAGAUUUACCCUCCGGUUUUGCUACCUUUCACCCGGUUCUACUAGGAGUACAAUAUAGUUUGAACUCAAUUUAUUAUAACCGAAAAUAUGUGUUAACACUAACACGUACGAGUUACGACGACACAUGAAGAGCGAAAACAUUGGUCUGCUGUCUGCAUGCUGUCUGCAUGCUAUAAAGAUUUAGAAGAAAAAGAACAAAGAAUCAAGAAAGAGGAAAUAAAACCAUAGUAGCAUACGUAAGAAAACGAUUAAGUUUUGAAGAAAGCAUAAUCAAUGGUGGAUUGUAAACAGAGAACCAAAGAGAGAGAAAAAACCUCUUUUAGCUUUUCAUUGUUUGUGUUUUGGUUGCACAUUCAUUUAACUUGGGAGAAAAAGCAUUCUGAAACUAUUCAUAUUAUUUAACUCUUUCACAUUGUAAAACGUUAACAUAUUUACAUUGGAUGAUUAUAUCUCUAACUAACGUUAGUUUUUUCUUCUUUUGGAACAUCAUCAUUGAAACCUUGACGUCACACUAAUGAAGGUAUCUUCAGGACAGGGGAUUGUCAAGCCACCCAUUGGAUGAUCGAAUCCAAACUCUUCUUCGGAUUUGCUGAGAAGAGCUUGAAAAGAAGGCUGGUUUAAAUAUGAGAUUGGCACCACAUAUCUCUUCUUCUGGAUCUGGUCUUCACCAACGUACACUGCAAGAAACCCCUUUGGCGCUGAAACGGUCUGUUUGCUUGUAACCGCUACAGAAACGCCAAUGAUCUUCUUUGCACCCAAGAGACCUCUGAACAAAGCCAUUUCUCGUGUCUGGAAAACUAAAAUUUGAAGCUUCUGAAAAAAUGUUAUAGAUGCUCAGAUUCAGGUUUGGAUUUGCUUUAUUUACUACUUGGUGAUUUGAAUACUUGGUUCUGUCUCCGGAUGUAUAAAUAGAUUGAUGAUGAACAUAAUCAACCAAAGUUUCACAUGGUUCAGUCUUCUAGAUAUGAUAGAUGACAAGAAACUAAACCUAACGAGAUGUUCAUUUUUUACGUAUAACUGUCCUGUGAUCCUAGUUGCGGAUAUCAUCAAAGAACAAGUUAACGUGUGACAGAGACUUGUUGUUCUGUUGUUGAGAAACUUAAAAUCCCCACUUUGAGUUAUUAUUAAAUAAAUCCGUUUAGACCACAGAGAUGAGGGAAUAUGAUCACCGCAGAACAUGAAGAACAGAAACUUGCUGGUCUUUAUUAUUGACAAUAACAUAUGUCUUAUCUAAACAAACAUUGAGAAAACAAGCCCUUGUGAAUUGCAUUUGUUUUUAGUUUAUUAUCCCACACUUAGUUAAUAAUCUCAUCAAGACAAAUUGCAUUAAACUACAACUUUCUCAGUUGGUGAAGACAGAACCAUGUGAAACCCUGCUCUAGUCUGUCCCACACUUCAAGUCCACAAGCUUCAAAGAUUUUUCAGAGAGUUUCAAUUCAUUGGUUGAUCUUUCUAUAUAUACACACUACCCGUUAUUUCUAUCAUCAACCAACAAACAAGCAAUACAUCCAAUAACCUGAACCUUUUCAUAACAUCUUCAGAGCAUGUUUAUUGCAGUAGCUUAAGUAGGUUGCUUAGGAUAUUUUGUAAUUAAAAGAAAAGAAAAAAGAAAAAAAAAGAGAAGGGAUGUUGCUUAAUUAAGCACUAGAAGGGUCGUUGCUUCGGUUGCUUUUCUUCUUUUGUCUCUAUUUCUCUCUCUUUCUGUCUCUGUUCUCUCUGGUCCACUUAAUUUUUUCUUCAUUAUGACCACUUAAGAGACCCUUAAAGGGUUUUAGCAAUAAACAUGCUCUGAUCAGAAGCUUCAAAAGGAUUCAAACUUUCAAAAAAAAAAAAAAACUAGAAAUGGCUUUGGUGAGAAGUCUAUUGGGUGCAAAGAAGAUUCUUGGAGCUGCAACAAGCAAAAGAGCAACCUCGGCUUCACCAAAAGGGUUUCUUGCGGUGUACAUAGGAGAAAGUCAGAAGAAGAGAUAUGUAGUGCCAAUCUCUUACUUGAGCCAGCCUUCAUUUCAAGCUCUUCUCAGUAAAGCCGAGGAAGAGUUUGGGUUCGAUCAUCCAAUGGGUGGCUUAACGAUCCCAUGUCCUGAAGAUACUUUCAUCACUGUGACUUCUCGGCUUCAGUGAUGAUUAUCCAUCAUUUUGUUCUUAGAAUUAGAGUUAGACUUGUUCCUUGUAAAUAGAGGAGAUUUUUUUUUACUCUUUCUUCUUGAAAGAGUUGUUCUAAAAGUUUUUGGAAGUAAAUACCAUUAUUCUGUUACACAAUAA